CUCCAUAGCUCUCUCUCUCUACACAGUUGAGGUGGUCAUAGAACAGGAAAUAACAAUGUCAACACAAACGGGUAUCCAAACGCUUCUGAAUGCCGAGAAGGAGGCACACAAGAUCGUUUCUGAAGCCAGAGCGUACAGAACGGCCCGCUUAAAAGCGGCAAAGACCGACGCUGCUGCUGAGAUUACUGCUUAUAAGCAGAAGAAGGAACAGGAGUUGAAGCAGUUCGAGGCAGAGCACUCUGGUCUGAACGAGACAGCAGAGAAAGAGGCCGAGGAGCAAGUGAAAGUGGAGCUUGUUGAGAUCCAGAAGACUGCGGCCGAUAAGAAGUCUGACGUUGUCAAGUUGUUGAUUGAUGCCGUUACAAAGCCAACUCCAGAGCUUCACAUUAACGCCUGAAUGUCCC